AUGAUGCGCUUCCAAUGCUCCCAACUCUCCAUCGAGCGUCUCGACCCGCUCGUCAACCCCGGCAUGCUCCCCUCGACGCACAUGCACCAAAUCGUUGGCGGCAACUCCUUCAACGCCACCAUGACGCCCGUCGAGUAUGACCCCUCCACCCAGUCCACCUGCACCACGUGUUCCUUCGCCGAGGACUUAUCCAACUACUGGACGGCCAACUUGUACUUCCGAGCCAAGAACGGAAGCUAUAAAAGGGUGCCGCAGAUGGUGAACCUGGGAUUGACGGGACAAGGGGGGAUCACCGUGUAUUAUAUCCCGCCGUAUGAUGGGAAGACGAAGGUUACUGCUUUUAAGCCUGGCUUCCGCAUGCUGGUAGGUGACGCCAUGCUCCGGUCUAAUCGGGGUAUGCAAAGGCAAAUCUGCCAUCGAUGUGAACACAAUAUCCAGCAGAGUCCGUUUGGCGGUGCGCCCUGCACGGGCGACGACACCGUCACGUUCCCCAACAAGAUGUGUCCGGGUGGUAUUCGGACUACCAUCACCUUUCCUACCUGCUGGGAUGGCAAAAACGUCGACUCCCCGGACCACAAGUCGCACGUCGCGUAUCCCUCCUCUGGCACUUUUGAAUCCACCGGCCCCUGCCCCGCCAGCCACCCGGUCCGCUUGCCACAGCUCAUGUACGAAGUCAUGUGGGACACUCGGCAGUUCAAUGACAAGGCUAUUUGGCCCGACAAGGGACAACCGUUUGUGUACUCGAUGGGAGACGGGACCGGGUACGGCCAGCACGGCGACUACGUGUUUGGGUGGAAGGGAGACGCGCUCCAGAGGGCGCUGGAUGCGCGGUGCAGUGGCGAUCGAUGCUCGCAGCUCAAGACGCAGACACCAGAGCAGGCGUUGGCUUGUUUCAAGAAGCAGACGGUAAAAGAGGAGACGGAGGGCUGGGUCUCGGAGCUGCCGGGUGGGAUGCAGGUAACUUAUCAGUAA